GACUCGCAUCUAUAUACAACCAUUGCUUUCCUUUCAAUAUACACACAAUUGUGAUCUGUGAUCUAUGGUCAAGGGGCUCCCAAUGACAAUGUAGACAAAGAGUGUUUGACCUUACUGGGAGGAGUGGAUGUUUGAAGUAUCGAGUCAGGUUGUCACUGCAGGUUACUAUCAAUGGGGGCUUGAUGCCGGAGAGCAUCAGGAUAACUGGGACCCAUAUGCUAACCUGCCGUCUUAUUGGGUACGUGAUGAUUUUGAAGGCGAAGAGUCAUACUUGAAGAUACGCGCCUUUUAGAUUGACCAACAUUCAUUGACAUGCAGUGGCUCCAUGAACAGGUAGGCUCGAAUUCUGUACAGGACCAGUCUAUCUAGUAUCGGCAACAUCAAAGAAACGACCUGCCGCGCAAUUUAAACCUGCUCUCAUUCCUACAUCUUUCAAAUUGCGUGCAGGUCUCGGUAGGUUGCAUGCCAGGACAUGUGUCGCCCCCCACGUAUGUUACGUCUACACCAGUCUUGGUUUCUUUGCAUCCAGGAGAGGCGUGCUGUCUUCUUCGCGGGCAUGUACUGCAUUAUUCCGGUCAUCCUCCAUCCCCUUGCC